CUUAUGCCUGUCAUAUUGGCACAUGUAGAAACUAGAUUUCUAAUAGUACUUUGAGGUAUUUGAUGCACAAGUGCAUCAUGUACGUUUAGUACUAUAGUCCUUGCUUUAAAAUCUAAAACACCUUUACACACUACGGGGCUAAACUUUGACAUUCUUACAACAAAUACGCAACAAUACUGAAAAAUAAAUUAAGUUUUUAGGAUAUAUCUACAUUAUGUACCAUAAAAUAUAACUAACCUGUUUGCAUUUAAGAUUGCACAAUUUAGGUACCUAUAAUACUUAUACCUCCAUAUUUACCUACCUAGACAAUAUCUACUUAUAAGGGUUAAAAAGAACUUGUUCAUUAGGUACUUAAGUAAUUCAAAGAAUUUAUGGCUAAAAUUGGCCUAUUUCUUGCACUAUUAAAUAAACCCAACAAAUGAAAACAUUCAGAUCUUAAUGUACUUGAAAAGUGGGACGCCAUUGGUUUACGACCGUUUUAUGGCUAUCGACCCUUUCGUGUGCUCCUACGGAUUAAGAAAUGGACUAUAGUUUGUUCGUUCGUAUAAGAGAUACGGUGAGAAGGCUGAUUUCGGUUGGUAAAAAUGUCGUCUAAACAAAUUAUUUUUGAAAGAAAAAUUCAGUUUUUGACAAAAAUUAAUGAAAACAAGGAAAUUCUAUUUGGUGCUUUCUCAGAUAGACUUAAAAAGCAAGACAAAGUCGAGAAAUGGAAGGAAAUAGCCCAAGUAGCCCAAAGUAUAUGCUUAGUUUCAGUAGAGAAGGAUUGGACCUACGUAAGAGAUACUAUCUGGCAGAAUUUGAAGAAAUCUGCAAUGCUUAAAAUAGACAACGCGAAAAAAACAGGGACUGGUGGGAAAGGCAUGUUAACGGAAAUAGAUAAGAUGACUUUGGAUAUUGUUGGAAAGGAAUCUCCAAUUAUUUGUGGACUUGGAGUCUCUGAGUCGUUCGAGGUAGCCCAGACUCAGUCAACAGAAACGCCUGUACCAAAUGAGACUGUCCACCCAAGCGGACAUGAAUGUGGACCAUCUACUUCAAGGAAAGCCAGAAAGAGAAAAGUUGUCGAAAGCACGGGUGAAAGUGACGAUAAAAGUGAAAAGCUGAAACUACAAAUUGAACAUAUAAAAUUACAGAACUAUAAAACCAAGCUGGAAUCAGAAUUAGAAACGGACCUCGGGUUACCGUUUUCUGAAUUUACCUUGCAGUUCCAAAAUAACUUCCAAUGAGAAA